AUGGGACUACAUUCGGUGUAUGCGGUUGACACCUUCACGGCCGUUAAUCUACUCGCAUUCUCGAAAUGGGCCGGACAAAUCGAGCCUGCCAUUCCCUUUACCGUCUCUCGCUGGAUUUUUGCCGUCUGUAUUAUCAUCUCGUUCGUUCUCUUGGUUUUAAGAUGGAUCCGUGCUAUUCGCGCCAUUCGGUCCGGCAGUAUCUCGCAGAGUUACUUGGACUCCCUCGCGGUGCGCCUCCAGAGUAUUCGUCUAUGGUCCAGUGGCCAUGGAUGGAAGCGAUUCCUCGUCUUUGCGGAGCUCACCAAAAGUAAAAAGGGGGCCGACCUGGAUGAAUGUCCUUAUCGCCGAUGGGCCGCGUCAAGUCGUCAACGCAAUCACGUUGUAUUCAGUCAUGCGCAUGGAUCUGCUUCCCGGUGGGGAGAAUGCGUCCAAGACAGAUGA